AUGCGACCUUGCUUGGGGCUGCUUUUCAGGUAUAUAGGCUCACCAGCUCGAUUCCGCGGCUCGGGCAAGGAUGUGUCUGCUAGUUUUGUGCUGACACGCACGCUUGGUAGUGAACCAAUGAAGAUUCACUGUAUACCAGGGUACAUCUCUGCCCUAUAUCUUGUGGAGUACCCCGAACGUGAAGAGAUACUUCUCUUAGAUAGCGGGUUUCCUAGCGAUUUGGAGCGUGUACGGUUUUAUAUUGAGGAGGUGCUGUCCGACGGCAAGUCCGCCCCAAAAAGGAUGGUAGAGCGUCUCCGAUUAGUUGUGGCUACACAUUCCCACAUUGACCACGCUGGAGCAUCUAAGGGCUACGAGCAGUGUGGGAUUCCAGUUGCCUAUGCAAGAGGAAUGGAAGAAAGUUACCAUAACCCGAGGGGUCAUACCAAGCAACUUGUUGAGACAUGUUUGACGCAAUUUAUGGCCGGUCGUUUGGGGAGGGACAAGUACGAGAACCCGUUUGUAUUCUCUAAUGGUUUAUUAGGUCCCUACUGGCAAAUGCCUACGGGACCAUUGCGCUUAGACGACGGAACACCCCUCCCCUCGGGGUUCAACGACUGGGUGGGAAUUAAGUGUCCUGGCCACACGUCUCACAUGAUUUGUCUUUAUCAUCCAUACACACAGAUUUUUUACGCAGCGGACAUGUUUGUGGGGAUAAGAAAGGGAUUUUUCCCUCCCGUUCCAAUCGACUCCCCUAGGGCGUAUAAUUACAGCCUCCACCGUCUUCGGGGCUUGCCCACCCGUUGCGUCCUACUGGCGCACGGAGGGAUUAUUGACGUGAAUGAUCGUUGCGGCUCGUGGGAUGCGUUCCUUGAUGAUGUUGUUCACAAUGGCAGAUCUUCUGCAACUGAAUGCUCACGUUUUACUGCAGUGUCAUGCCUCAAGAGGAUGCGAAGUGUCUUCACUGACCAUAAAGCGUCACCACAAGACAUAUUUCCUCUUGGGUCCCUUCCCUUACCCAAAGAGGUGGCUGAACUGCCUCCAUUACACAUCAUCGAUUCUUGA